GUUUCUGUGCUCUCGACGCAGUCGGACGUUUAAAAAUAAACGCGCUCCACCAAAAAUACCAAACUCGCUGGCCAUAAAAAAAAUUUGAAAAAACAAAUUCGAAUUCUCAUCCGAUCAAAUACAGAAUCCGAAAAUCAGUUCUUCGACUCUAACGACCGAGAAAAAGCAAAAGUUUCAUAAUGUUCAGCUCGAUUUCAGAUGCAUCGAAAUCCUCGUUGAAGAACUUCGGCGACAAGACCGCCAACCUGUUCAGCAAGAAGAAGGAUGAGGCCGAGAAGCUGGCCAGCGAGAAGGCCACCGAGGCCCAGAAGCUAGCGGAGGAGCAGGCCAAGAAGGUGGGCCAGUCGGUGCAGCAGACCAAGGGGGAGGCCGAGCAACUGGCCGCCAGCACGGGAGUUAUUCGCAAGAAUUACCCAGAUAAUAACCCUGCCGUUCUUGCAGCCAAGGAAGCCGCUGCUCUGGCCACCGCGGAGGCCCAGAAGGCCGGCCAGGCGAUCGACCAGGGCGUGAACCGCGCCGCCGGAGCCGUCAACCAGGGCAAGCAGGCGGUGGACAACACGGUGGCGCAGGCGCAGGCCGCCGCCCAGAACUCCAAGCAGGUGGCUGCCAAUGUGGCUGAGGCCUCCCAGCGGGCAGCCGCCACGGCGGUGGACCAGACCAAGAAGGCGGCCAACGAUGCCAUCAACAAGAGCGUGAAGGCCGCCGAGACGGUGGCGGACCAGAAGCUGAAGCAGGCGGAGGGCGCCAUCGAUGGGGCCCUGAAGCAGACCAGCCAGGCGGUGGACCACAAGCUGCAGGAGGCCAACCAGUACGUCGACCAGAAGCGCCAGUCCGUCGAGAAGAGCGUCCAGGAGGCCGCCGGACAGGCCCAGGAGUCGGCCGGACAGCAGGCCAACGCCCUGCUGGGCAAGCUCCAUCUUGGCCAGAAGUAGGGGGGGGCUAAAAUCUAAAAAUAUCUCGAUGUGAAAAUGCUUUAGAAACAAAAACAGAAGGGAAUUUGCUUCAAUGUACCGAGUGCCACUAAUGUGAUUGCUAAAUCCUCUAUUGAAUAUACACUUACACAUAUAUUUUUCGAUUACCGCGCGGGAGGAUUGUCUUGUAUAUGCAGCCGCUGCCUUCGAUGUGAGCAAUUCAGCACAUCUCUGUCCGUACAAAGUGUAAUUAACCCAUUCGUUCUGCUCCGGUCCACUUUUGUUAGUUUGAGGCAUUUGAUAUUUUGUAUACAGCGACAUUGAGUAUGCUUUUAUAUACGUAUAUUCUGUUUAUGUAAAGAUGUAUGAUUAAGUACUUUUAACUAUUGCACAAUACAUUGCAAAUGUGUUUUUAAUA